AACAACAUGGCGGCAAGCGAGGAGGCGAGUGACAUUUGUGUCAUCGUCAAAUGGAGUGGCAAAGAGUAUCCGAUCGAGCAUUUAUCACCGUCCGAAACUGUGAGGUACCUCAAAGACCUGAUAAAAGAAAAAACUGGGGUUUUACCUGAAAGACAGAAGCUUUUGGGUUUGAAAUUCAAAGGUAUAUUAAAAAAGUAAUUUGGACAGUUUAAAAUGCUAGUCCGCGAGAUAUUUUUUAUUGUAAUGAAGUUAAAUUUGUUUUGUAGACGAAGAGUUUGUUUAUGAACAGUUUUUAUACUUGUUACUCAAAAAUUUAUAGCAUCUGCUAAACAACAAGAAAAGCUUUCAUGAGACUUUGGCAGGCACAUAAAUUUCAGUUGUUGGUUUUCAGGUGAUGUGACUGGGCCAUAUGCGUGUUUGAAAAAAACAAAAUACAUAAAUAAAAAUAAAUAAAUAAAAAUAAAACAAACAAACAAACAAAAAUUUGCCCAAAAUUGGGUACAAAACCAUUUUUUUUAUGCCCAGUCUGCAAAAACAGUGCAUUACAUUGACCAAGCGUGGGGUCAGAAUGCCUGCAUAUCGGCUAAGUUCUUUUUAGCAUUCUUUUCGACCAAGACUAAGGCAAGGUCAAUAAGGUGUGAAAAAGGAACAAUGCCAAUAUCCAGUCAUCUUGACCAAACAGGCUAGGCCAAUAAAUGGUUUAUUAUCUGGUUAUAUAGAUGACUUUUUCUUAUGGGACCGAUGCGGGAAAUCGCGAACAGACAUAGGUAGCCAAUCACAGUACUAGAAUUGAUUCAUCUUGCCUGAUCUUGAAUUCUGCCGUGACUAUGUAAUGGCAGUGGAUCAACUUGGCUGUUUUGUCAUAAGGGUGAAAACCAAGAAUUUGUUGUUUUCCAGUGAGACCUACAUUGAAAAAAAAGGAAAAACAUACAAGCUAAAAAGGAUAGGUCUAUAAUUUUAUACGUUCACGCAGAUGAUGCCAUGCACUGUAGCAGAUACCACAUUCCGCUUGCGGCUUUGCUGCUCACCCUGACCGGCACCCUGACCCUGUGACCCCUCCCCUAGAUCUGCCUCUACCUGUUUGAGUUUGUGUGUUUGGUUGCUGUUUCUCUCCUGAUCAGGCAAAAGUCCCUAUGAUGAUGUUCGCCUAAGUGCCUUAAAUUUGAAGCCCAAUACAAAGAUUAUGAUGAUGGGAACAAGAGAAGAGAACUUGGUAAGAAGUAUAUAGCUGUGUACAAUGUAACAAAUUAAUUCUUGGUCUAAAGACAAUGUUUCCUUAAAGUGAAGUUAGAAAAUGGAACGACAGCAUUCUUGUCUGAAGUCUUUACAUGCACAAAAAACCCCUACAGCAGUACGAUGAAAGCAGGCCCUCAUGGUAUGUUGUAACAGUUAUAAGCCAAGUGUACAUGUAGAGCCAUGGAAGAUCUCAGUUCCAACUUUAAAUCAUUGUACUUAUAGACUACAAUAAUUAUAUUUCUCCUAAACACAUCAGGCCCCAAAUGUUCAAAUGCUGGGUAGCACUAUGCACCCGGAUAAAUCACUAACCAGUGGAUGGGUAUUAAGGAAACCAAUUGCAUUAUUCACUGGAUAACGAUUUAUCCGCUGGAUAGCGUUACCCACCUUUUGAUCAUCUAAGGCCAGGUAGCUAUCUUCAAGCUAGUAUAGUAAGUGGCUUAUGGUGAAAUCUCCAUUUUCAGGCAGAAGUAAUUUCUCCAUCUGAGGAACUUAAAAACAGUGAAGUCAUAAAUGACUUUGACAUUGAAGAAGAGGAGAUUCAAAUAGAAAAUAGGUACAUGGACAAUUAACUACUGAUACCUGAAAUGAUGGUCAAUCUCUAUGCAUUUAAACCCCAAAAGAUAUACCUCUUUUACAAAUAGGCCCAUUUAUUUAUGAUUUAAAAAAUGUAUGCAAAUGAACUUCCUCGUUUGAAAGUAAUUAAGAAUUCUUUUAUUGCAUAAUUAUGCUAUAACGAGAUCAGAAAGGCUAAUUAUUAUCAUAUGCAUAAAAGAAUAUAUUAACAGGCUGCCAUUAUGAAAGAGGUCUAUACCACUGCUUGUGUAAAAUUAUGUUGAUCAGCAAAUAAUUAUCGACACUGUUCUUCGUACUUUUUUAUGGUCCCAAUGAAGCCUCCUCGGCGUUGUGGAAUGGCCUCUCCUUCUGAAUUUUCUGCAUCCACCACGCACACUAGUAAAUAUUAUUGAUAGUAGUCAAGAGUCCCAUUUGUUACGUACUAUGUGUAUGGGCUACUAUGUGUUAUGUGAAUCAUCAAUUUCGUACUCGUUUGUUUACAGAGAUGAAAAUCUGGCAAAGAUCAACAAAAGAAUAUCAGACUAUAAAGUGGCAGUUCGCAAUCCCCCAAGAGUUGGGAAAAAACUUCUUGUUCUUGAUGUGGACUAUACAAUUUUUGGUAUGAAACUGCAUGACGCAAGUUAUGUCUCAUUUAAAGUGAGGUGUAUAGAUUGACGUGUCAAGUAAUGAAAUCUCCCCACCUUAACCUUUAUGUGUGGUGUCCAUGAUACUGGCAAUGACCGGAAUUGAUGGAAAUUGAUUAUAAGGUGCACAACAGUCAAAAAAACACCGUGAUUUCCUGGGCUUCUAAGUUUGGGCAUGACCCUGGCUAAUUUUAAGGGAAACAAAAUGAAAAUAGAACGAAAUGCACCUGAAAAUCUUAAAUUUUAUAUAUAAUAGGUGACAGUGGAGUGGUAUUAAUUUAAUGUUUUCCACUAAAGAACAUCACUAUAACUUAAAAAUCAUUGUUCCCCAAAAAAGAAAAAAAAAGGAAAAAAAAAAAAACAACAACAACAACAAUAACGUACUUUAAUUCAUAUGAAUGCUUAAUUUAACUGGUUUAAAAUUUUCAUAUUAAAAGUGUUUUAAAAUCUCCUUGAUCUUAAAUGUGCAAUGUACGUAUUAAAAUGCAUUAAAGGUAACUCUUAUCAAUAUAUUCUAGAUCAUAGAUCAGUUGCUGAGACUGGAUUUGAGUUAAUGAGACCCUACCUUCAUGAUUUUCUCACCGCAUCUUAUGAGCAUUAUGACAUUGCUAUAUGGUGUAAGUAUAUUAAAAAAGAGGAAUUGCUAGCUCUACUCAAUUAAGCUUUAAUAGUGUGUGUCAAAAUUUAGUUUUGAGGAAAUAUGCAAUGAAAAUAAUAUUAUUUAUAAUCAACGUCCAUGAAUAAUUUUCUGGAACAUGUAGAUGUGUGUGUAGAUAGGUGUUUUUAUGAGUGUGCUCCUUCGCAGUCCAAUUUGUUUCAUUCUAUUAAAUGUAGAGCUGCAUUUUAAUUAAUAAUUAAUUAUUUUUUGUUAAUAUGUUAAUUAUUAAAGCAGAGCUGCAUAUUGUUUAUUAUUAUUUUAUUAUUUACUGUUAUUAGCUGCCACCAGUAUGAAAUGGAUUGAAGCUAAAAUGAAAGUAAGAAAAUUUCUUUCACACGUAAGUUUAAUAAAAUGUCCAUUACCUGUAGUUUAAAUGUGCAAUAUUUAAAUCAUAUUAGGGCUUUCACUAUAAAAAAGCUGGGGGCCAGGGAUCUCCCCUGGCUACUUUUAAACAUAGCCCCAGCUUUUUCAUAGGAAUUGGAGGGAAAAUAGAUAACCAAAAGUCAACUCUCUAGUUGUUCAAUUCCACACUUCUUAGUCUAGUGUCACUUCCAUCAGCCCUGUAUAAUAUAGUGAACUCAUGCAACAGGACAGCAGAUCAAGGAAGGAGAACACAUUAAUGUUAAGUAAAGUUUACGACAAAAAGGCAAGUAGUAGCCCUGUUAUGUUUGCACACACGGAUUGCCAUCCUCUUCUUUCUGCUGUUCUGUUGCAUAGGCUUGCUAAUGAUUUCAAGUUUGCCUAUUUUAAGCUUUUGUUGUUUUCCUGUAGGAGCUGGGUAUUUUAGACAAUCCAAAUUACAAGAUAUGCUUUCUACUAGACAGUGGAGCCAUGAUCACUGUCUUGUCAUCAAAGUAUGGUCUUAUUGAGGUAAUUUACAUCAGGGAAUUUGAAUGCAGUGCCUUUAAUUUCUAAAAUUUCUGUAUGACUUUCUUUCUUGUAUACUGAACAAUACGUAACUAAUUGUCAAAGUUCAUUAAUACAAAUAAAUGUUAUGAAUAGAACUGUAUUCGUGGCAAUAAUGACUUUGUUGUUAUAUGUUUCUUUGAUUAUACAUUGUAAUUUUGUGUUAAUUGCCUCAGCUAGUCAUCAAAAUUAUUAGGUUAUUCAUCGAAAUCAUCAGUCAUCUACUGAUGACUGUGGUUCAGGCCACCAUUCAGAAGCAUCAUUAAACUGACUGUUGUGAUCACUGACAAGCAAAACAAUAAUAAUUGCAACAUGGUGGAGUGGUCAGUAUAUCAUUACAGACCUGUCAACCUAAAAACGUAAAAAACCUGGAGGAGAUGGCUCAAAAACUUGGAGAUUACUUAAAUUAAGAAACGAAGAGAUUUGUCAUAAUCACAGAAAUGAAUAUUUCUUGCAUCCUUGGCCUAAAAAAAAAAUAAUACUAGAGGGAAAUGUUCUUAGUGUCUACAAACAUUUUUCCUUGAAGGAUGCAGACUUUACCAAUGCCAACCUUGUCAGGUGAUCAUCCAUGACCAUAAUUAUAUGGUAUAAACCGAAUACAUAAUUCGUGGUGGUUUUGUCCUUUUAUUUGCCAUUUUUACAGUCCUGAGUAUGUAUUUUAGAAUUCACAUAACAAAGAAGAUAAUUUUCUGAAUGUCAGCACAUUUUGGUAUUUUUAAAACUAAUUUUAUCAUCAUUAUAUUAUUUAUUUAUUUUAAAUUCAAAUAAGGAUCAUAUCAGUUUGCUGUGAGAUCUUAGCAACUCACCAUGAGACUGGGGGAAUUGGCCAGUCUGUCACCAGUUAGAUUUAAUUUUACUAAGUGGUUAAGAGAGUGACCUAUUAAUUGGCCAUAAUAAUCUUAUCAUAAGUCAACUUUAAUUUCUUGCAGACCAAACCACUUGGUGUUAUUUGGGGAAAAUUUGAGGAAUAUAACAGUAAAAACACAAUCAUGUUUGAUGAUCUCAGAAGAAACUUUCUUAUGAAUCCUCAAAAUGGUUUGAAGGUACACAUCUGUAAUUUUGUGUCCACUUGAACACUCUGAUGACUUGUAGAAUUAAUCAGCACAGAAUUAAAACCCGAAUUAAUUUGCUACAUGUAUGUAGGGCCAUAGGAAAUCAUGUCUGAGGAACAUUUAACAACUGCAGAAAUUCCAUGCUGAUGGUGUGUUAUCACCCAAAUGUGGGAAGUGACAAAUCAUCAGUUAUAGGAUUGCUCUGCUCCUUUCUCAUAGAUUAUUUUGCAGAGAUCAUUUCUUUUUGUAGAUCAGACCUUUUCGAGAAGCCCAUAAAAACAGGCACAAAGACAAGGAGUUGUUGAAACUUGCCCAGUACCUGGAGAACAUUGCACAACUCAAUGAUUUCAGCAAUCUAAAUCACAAGUAUUGGGAAAGGUUUGUACUUGGUAGUAACUAUUUUAAAUUUUGUAAUACCACAUAUUCUAGAACUGACAAUCAGAAAAAAAAAAUACAUACACGUAAUUUUAAUGCCAUUUUUAAUAAUUCAUUGGCGUUUAAUGUUUAUACUAGAAAUACGUUAUCGAAAGCUAAAAAGGGUUAGCGGUGAGAGAAACAAGCCAAAGAAAAAUACGAUGAAAGAAAAAAAAAACUGGAAUUAGCCCCGCCGGAUUUUGAACCUGCACCCCAACUUCCUCCAGCACAAAAAGUGAGGCCUCAUAUCACUGGGCCAUGUGACCACAGCAUCAUUGUGUCGUUUAAAAUUAAUAGUCUUGAAGUAUUUUUCUCAGUCAUUCACACCCUUUGAAUCUUGUGGACCUGUAUAUGUAUCAUGAAUUCAAAGAUACGUGUGAGGAAAAGUAGCUUAAAAGAGUAUUUCAAAACAAUUUAGCAUUAUUUUCGUGUUUAUCCACUCUCGGGAUUUAUACAUAUAGGCCGCUCGAUGAACUUACUAGUCUUCUUCUUUGCUGCUCUCGCUGAAGUUCAGGUCACCAUUCUUUCGGUGUUAAUCUUCCACGGCAAGGAUUUCCAGCCACUUGUCCAAUCAGGAACUGUUGUGUUUGCAGCCCACUGUUAUUUGCCUCAGAAAUACUUUUUGCGAUUUGUCAGGUGAUUUGCCAAUGUGCAGUAAGCAAAGGGUGAAUAAAAUAAGCCCUAGUUGGUGGCCAUGUUGCCUGGAAACCCAAAAUGCAUGAUGAUGUCAUGCUGAAUGGUGUCUUUAGGAUUUGUUUAUGAUCUAUUUGCUAGGCAACUGCAUAUACCAAACCGUUGGAAAGAUUUAUGACCACAGCAAAAUCACACUCUGCUUGCGAUCCUCACGUGAACCGCUCGACAAAAUUAUAAACUCGCUUCUCUCGCGGCCGAAAAAAAAUGCCAUGAAUCUACGGCAAAACAGUCAAUAUCUGUGGAAAAUAUUGCUUAUGUAGACAUUGACUUACUUCACCAGUGUGGCAUUUCUGUUGUUGACUUGUAGACGUCACUCCUACGAAACUUCCCAAGCAGUGAGGAGUGAGGAGAGGUUGCUGUAUAAUUAGGCUACAGUGUAUACAUUGUGGAAUCCUGAUGCUUCCAUUGCAUUGGAAUCCAGUGAAAUUGUGUUUACAGUCAAUUUAACGUGCCUAUUACACGGAUACUUCUGUUAGUUUACAUGAUUAGAAGGAGAGUUAGAUAGUAACAGUCAAAAUAACAGUCAUUGAUAAAAUAGUUAAAUUUCCAUUUUCUCUCAUUUCUUUCAGCUACAAACCAUAAACACAUGGACCGUUGCAAAAAUUGCAAGAAAUGGUUGAUUUCCCUACAACAUGAAAACACAGGUCAUGCAUUCACUUUCCAGCAUUAGUAGUACAAAGUACAUAUUUGCAGAAUCACAUCAGUUGAAUGUACAGACUGAUUAGUCUGAGUUUUCUUAGCCAAGCCACUGUCUUCACCAUAUCCCUUGUUGCCUGAAUGAGAUAGCUUCCUCAAUGCCUCAUAUUUCUUGAAUUUAUUAUUAUGAUUAUUAUCCACUUUUAAUGAGGCUCCAAGAAAAUAAUAAUUGACAAAUUUUUUUAUAAGUGCAGUGAAUUAGUUUGUAUAUAGGAGCAUGUACAUUAUUAUUUAUGUUGGAGCAAUUUGAAUGUGUAGCUUUAUCAUUUUGUUACACAAUAAAACAUUUUCAGUAAAACUGAGGCAUUAUGAAGCAUUGUUUGUGACGUGUUUUCAAUAACAGCUUAUCACCUGGUAUAUUUUAACUAGAACUUCCUGUAUCGAUGGCAAUUGCAACAUUUGCCAAGACAUUGUCAAAAUGUCUACCUUAAUUUUUGUGACCCAUAUUUCAUGAUAAAAACCCUAGCUUUCUAUCCAGGCAACACUGACUGUUUCAACCCCUUUUGUUUGUUCCCACACCUCUUUUUUGAUUAUCGAAAACUCAGGAAGAAUCACAGGAGAAGCAGCGUGGGUUUUUCAUUUGUUCCUGACCCAUGAAUGUUUACUGAAAUGAGUGGUUAAAAACAUAGAACAAUCACCAUGCACGUCCAGAUCUUGUAAGUGUUGUUUGCAAUAUGAUUAGCAUGAAACUCCUGAAAAGUCAGAAGAGGUCUCAUAAACAUUAAGAUGGAAUCCACUAGGAAAUUGAGUAAUUUUAAUUUUCAGUGGACAAAAACCUUUUACCAGAAUAAAUUAAAGAAUAUUGCAUUCUUUUUCACAUUUUUCAAGGACUAAACAUGUAAUUAGUUGUUCUUAAUAACACCAAAGAAAAGUUGUUAUGGGAGCCGAAGAAAAUGAAUGUCAAAUUUCACAAAACUACACCUUACACAUAAAAUUUUCAGAAUUUUACCUGUGUUUUCACAAUUCUUGUGAAAUUUGACAUUCAUUUUCUUGGACUUCCAUGAGAAAUUUCCUUUGGUGUUAUUACAGACAACUAAUUACAUCUUUAGUCGUUGAAAAAUGUAAAAUGUAACAAAGAAUGCAAUAUUCUUUAAAUAUUAUUCUGGUACAGGGUUUUGGUCCACUGAAAAUUAAAAUUACUCAAUUUCCUGAUGGAUUCCGUUUGCAUGGGAGGCUAGAAGUAGCAUACCAAGGAUAAAGGGUACCAGCAAGGUGAAGUGACCGGCUACAUGAACAGGCAACAUGGAACUCUCUCAGCUACAUAACACAGCUUCAAAAUGGAAGGGGAAAGGGCAGAAUAGGCCAUUUGCAUCCUCUGAGUACUCCUUUCCUCUUGUACUCUGAAGCACUUGUCAUAUGCUUCCUUAGAAAUUACCAGGUUACCUGUUUGCAAAGAAAAUUGUCUGUCAAUCCAAGACAGUAUCUACCCCUACACUUGGCUCAUUCCUAGAUAUCUCGUACUGUUCUUGUUUUUUUUUUUUGAUGAUGAUGUAUGAGAAAAAUCAUUGAGGUUGCUGCAUGCAUUGGUCAUGUUGGAGAUGUGCAAACACUGGCAUAUUGUUCUUAACCAGUCUUAUAUUCUCGAUUUCCCGUCAAAAAAGUCAGUGGAAAACACUUUACUUUAACCUCAACUGCCACUUUUCUCAUGAUCUCAUGUUCUCUUGAAUCUAGCUGAUUGUUGUUUCUCCAAUGGUGCUUUUAUAGAUUGCUGGCAGUCCCUAGUCUCCACGAUUUGUUGCACGGCGAGUAUGUCAUGCAAGCAAGUAAAGCAAAUCUGUCUCCUCCCUCAUGUGUUUGCCACACUCACUUGCACGGCCUGCCAGCAUAACAGUGAAUCCUGAGAGAAUGCUAGCUGUUUCAUGGUUACUUCUUCCAUUCCUGACUCUUGUUUUGUUGUUGCCCCCAGACAAAACAAUUUGAGAAGCAGCGCAUAUUGUUUUAUUCUGUGCAAGAGCAGGGAAAUUACUAGUCUCCAGUCUUACGCGUUAGUAUUAAAGGAAGCAAAAUGAUUCAAUAUAUACAGUAAGUAUGAAGGACGUUUUCGCAAUAAUUACCCAACUGUAUUGCUUCAUUUCCCCAUUAAAACUCCAAUACACUCUACUUGAAUGCGUCCUUUUUUGAAUAAUUGCAAGCUUUUUACCCCCAGGCAACCGAUUGCAGUCGAUCAAAUAUCUUUAACAAAAUAUAAAUCAAGAUUGGGUGUUCUUUUCACCGGACGUUUCUCCAAGCUCAAGUGACCUUCCCGUAAAACCAGUUUUGUAUCCUUGGUUUCUCUCAAACAUAGUCGUUGGAAUCCCUUCCUUGUAUUUUAAACUCCGUACUUUUGUUGGAUCCUCUAGCGCAUCAAGUUGUCUCAAUGUUCGUUCUUGAAGAGUGCUGGGUUUUUCUUUAUUCCACUUGUCAUUUUUCCGGACUCGAGAUUCGAUGAAAUAGCCGACACUCCCCACUACCACUGCAACCGGUAAAACGAUAUAGGGAGCAUAAGCUCGAGCUGCUCCCAUUAUUAAAGGCCAAACCAUCGUUCCAACAGAGGAGAAAUUGUACAGCUUUGCUUUGAGCUUUGCUUUGCAGGAUUGUAGACCGCGAAAAGUUAACGAAGAGAGACUGGGAAUGACUCAUCUCUAGUCUUUCUCGGUUCUUGAGCGGCCUUGUAAAAACUGACAGAACCAAAAUGGCGAGAGCGUUUCAAUAUUUUAUGCCAUUCUAGCCAACUCUAGACUUAACCAUGCUGAGAACGAGAAUUUUCAGUCCCAUGAAUCUUUUGAUUCUCUCAAUAACCCUUACUUUUUUUGGAUUGUUAUGGAUGGCAAGUCAGUGUAGCAACGGUAAGUUGAAACCUAAUUGCUCUUGGUAUUUAACUCACUGGGAUGUCUGACGUCUUUCGCGAAUGACGUGUCAAGCCCAUUUCAUUUCGGUAGGAAAAACUCUUGUAUAAGAAUGAAGCUAAAUAUUCAUGGGUGGCACAGGAAUCUUUGUGUAGGAAUCAUUUCAAGUAGAUUGAGAAAAAUCUUACCCAAGGGUUUUUACAUACGUAUCAUUGAAUUUCAGGUAUUUAAGGAUAAUAUUUCUCUCGUUAUAUUUGCAUAUGGCUAUAUUAACGGGAGAUAACAGCAGUAAUCUUAAAUAAGUGUCUUCUACUAUUCUUGUGUAAUUAAUAUUUUGAUUAUUGAGUGAGUGAGUGAAGGUUUCAGCACCCAGUAAAUAGCCAGACAUAAGUCCUGGGUCUGUGCCCCACGGUUUUACCAGUCUUUUGUCUCAAUCUAAAGAUAACCUCCCUGGUAUAUCCCAGGAUUAACCCCUGGGAAAGCCAAUGAAACAGCAUAUUAUAUUGAGGGUUUAUUCUAAGUAGAGCCCUUAAAACUGAUCCAGCCAGACUACUUAACUACAUUGUACUGUAUCCGCAUACUGUACUACUGUGUCCACAAGCUCCCAUAACCACUUGCUGGUAAUGAUCCCGUACUCCCUAUGAACAGUGUGUGGGUACUUUAAUGUCCCACAGAAUUUUCCUUGAUUACAAUGGUGUAGGGCUUAUAGUUUAUGAGACAACACAAUAUCUGAGAAGGCCAAGAAGUCUGACCAUUUAAAGUUAUUUCAAUUGUCUGAGUAAUGGUCCAGCCAGGGUUUGACUCCUUGCUCGGCAGACUUGUCCAAUUAGUUGACAGUGGCUGGGGCUUACAUAAGUUACAUGUAUGCAGAUGCAUCAUAAUACAAGGCUGUGCUCUAAGAAAACAAAUGAAGGGAGCUCAGUGCUUAUAUGUGACCCUAUUUGGGAAAAGCGGGCUUAACGAAAAUUGCGUUGAGCCGUUUUUUAUCGCAACGCAUUUGGAAACGUUGGAAUGCAUUGGCGAACAUUCUUCAUGCAUUUGAAAGCGUUGGCAAUGUUCUCCAACGGAACUAAGAAACGUUCAGUAUCGUUUCAAAAUCAUUUCAAAACAUUUGGAAAACGUUUUCGAACGUUGAAAAUGCAUUAAAUGGAACAUCAUUAAUUCGUUGCAACAGGAAACAUUCACCAAACAUUCUAACAUUGUCAACAACUGAGUUACAAAAGCUCCGAACUAUCAGGCAUCUCCUCGCUCCAUCAUUCGACAAUUUAAAGCCACGGUCAUAAAUAAAGUGAUAAAACGUUUAAAACUUCACAGCGUGAGAAAUGUUCGAUCCGAGGAAUCAAUAAUUUGUUCCAUUUUCAGUUUUUAAGGCUGUGUUAUGAAAGAGGGCAAAAAAGAGGGGAAUUACAUUUGAAAGAACGCGCACGUUGUCGAAAGUAUUAUAGGUCUGAAUUUAUUUUAUGCUGUUCUUUCAGUGUUAUGGCGGUGUGCAUGCUUGUGACUACCUUGUUUGAUAGCUCCCUGUAAAAUUAACAGAUAUCAGAUGCUUGAUAUGGGUCGCUGAUUUUAAGACUAAAAUAUACCAAAUUUCUACCAGGAGAGUUGUACUAUUUACCGACUUUUCCUUCUUCCUGUGUUUCCCGUUUUUUUGCUUGGGGAUUCAACAAAUUCAACCAGUUCAGUCACGGAACGCCCUGGCAAACGCUGGACACUGUAUCCUUUAAAAGCGAAAACCUGAAAACGUGACAUUCUUCACAAAAAAUUCAUGGUUUUUAUCUGUACCAGUCAGCUGUUAUGAAGAUGUCAAAAUUUAUGAUCACGAAUAUUUUCUGAUCAAAGCUUGUUGCGUGACACUACCGUCAUCACGGCUCAAGGGUUCGGAAAGGUCAACGCGGUAAUGUUUUCUGUAUUACUGUUUUGAUUUUUAUGGUUUUUUUUUUCACUGAUUCUUCAAUGGACUGCAAUGCUCGCAUGACUCGCUGGCUCUCAUUUUAUACACGUACAGCACACUUUUUGGCAGAUUUCUUUGCCAUCAUCGCUCGAUUAACGUUGUCAAGCAAGUGCGCAAUGUGGUCGUCACUUUUAAUCUCUAAAAUCUUCUGCUUGCGAUCGUCCCGACUUCAAUUUCAUCGGAAUUACUGAAGUACUAUUUUUCUUACCUUUGGUCUCGCUCUCUCCCAAUUUUUUCGUCUUGUAUCUUUUCCCCGAGGGAUUUUGGAGCCGGAACGGAUUAAUUUUGAAAGGGAUGUGAGAAUUAACCGACUGCAAGCAGUCUAGCAUGCCGCUGACAAAGGUAGAAAAGGGCAAAUAAUUGGCAACCCCAAAAUUCUGUCAGCCAGCUACGUACAAAAAGAAAUGUACGACCUCAACAGUCAGCCUUACAGUUUUAAGAAACUUCUCUCCUUUAUUUCCAGAUUUGAAAGUCCAAGAAAGUAAUUUCAUGCUUUUCUCAAUUACCUCUUGACAUGUUACAACCUGAAACAACAUCAAGCACACGCAAUGUCACAAAGAUCAAAGUUCUAUGCAAAUUGAUUUGAACCGAUCGAGAACAAAAAGUAAAAGCCUUUGUUUUCCAUUGCGAAUUCAUGUCGUUAUUCCCGUUGAUAUUACUGUGAUAUGGAGGUAUCAUUACUGUUCCUGAAAAAAAGUUGUAUUUUCAAAGAACGUUCUCAAGCGUAUUGAUGUCUAAUCAUCAGUGGCUUCAAUUUAAAAUGAUAAUUUUUCGCAUCCUGGGUUGAACUUCAGGAACUAAUUUUAUUGAUUAAAAAAAACGUUUGGAAGCAUUGCCAAUGCAUUGAACAACGUUGGAAAAACAUUCUAAAACGUUGGAAAAACAUUUUAAAACGUUGAAAUCAAUUGCCUGCGUUUGAAGGAAAACGUUGUAAAUGCGUUGAGAAUCAUUGGAAUCCGUUUCAAUGCAUUGUAACGCAUUCAAAAUGCGUUGAAAUGCUUUUCAACGCAAAUUUCAUUAAGCCCGGUUUUCCCAAAUAGGGUCACAUAUGAACCUUUGAAGUCCAGGGUGCCCAGCAUUUGAUUUGUAGUGCUCGAACUUAACAGUUGUCUGCUCGUCCAAAACGAGUAAAAAAAUUCUGAAAACGAGUAGUUUUCUUUCCCACUAGUCCUCUGGAUAAGUAAAGUUAUCACUCUCUGAGGAAUACAUGAUAUUUUUAUUUUAUUUGUAUCGUACCAAAAAGUGCUAAAAGUCUUGAAAAGAAGAAUUGCCAAAGUCAAACGUUUCAAAAAUGAACAGGCAAAAAGCGCUAGGCACUCUCUUGCCGAAUAGUAGUCUGGGUUCUAUUUAAAACAAAAUGCACCGUAGGAUAAAAGAUGGCGGCUUUUUCUUUCGAGGGUCUGUAUCCAGCCUAGUCCCCAGGCAUUCUCGGCUCGGUCAUUCCUGGUCUCUACCGAGUUUCCAUGAGUAGUAUACUGUAGAACAUGCAAAAUGUGAGCAAAAAUGUCAUGUAUUGCCAAACAUUGUGAAUUAUAUGACUGGGUGUGAUUUGUCUUGAGAUAAAAAUCAGUGCUCCAAGCUUAGCGUUGUUGUACCCCUCGGUAGCCUACAAUUACUAUAAAUGGCCUUGUAAAUGCCCAGGGCAUCUAUUUAAUUUUAGGCAUCCAAACGGAGGCAUUUAAUAGAUAGGAGGCUUUUAAAAGACAGAGGUGUUUAUGUUAUGGGUCAAAAUUAAAUUCAGGUUAACUUGAACCUGAACCUGAAACUGAAUUUAAUUUUGACUGGUAACAUUUUAUUCCCACAACUGUAACAAGGCAGCUCAAAGAAAAAAAAAACAAGAGAGUUUAAAAAUAGCGGAAUAUCCAUUCCAUCAAUUGAUACGUCUAGGCUGUAUAGAGAUCCAUGUCGCUCUUUCAAUUCUUAACUUCGAUGUCAGAAUCUGAUCCUUGCUUAUGGUUAUUGCAUUGCUGUUGCUGGUCUAUCCUUGCUUUGAACUUGACAUUAAACAAGAUCUACAAUGUGCAAACCCCUGCCAAUCAAGCAAUAAACUGAACAAAUUGAAUGUUUUGCACCUUUUUGCUAUUUCCUAUUAUUUAAGAGUAAUUCUCGUAGGAGGCAUCUAUUAGAUGGGGCGUUUAUUAGAGAGAGGGUUCUAAGGCCCUGUCUACAAGGAAGGAGGGUAACCCUGGUGCUAGGGUUACCCUAGCACUUAGACAUUUCCUCUUUUUUACACAAUGUGUUUAGAAAGCAGGUAGGGCUACCCCAGCACUAGGGUAACCCUACCUGAGUGCUUGGGUUUCCCUAGCAAGAGGGUUACCCCUCUGCUAGGGAUAACUCGCCUACCCGUGACAACUUUCCUCCUUCAUGCAUGACCAUUAAUCCUGACAAUUUUAAUGGAAUUAUCCAAUUUCUGAGCUCAAUUAUAAACAUCUGAACAAUAUAAGGUAUUUUCUUUAUACAAUGAUAAUAUUUUCCCUUUUUUUGUGAAUUUAACGUGUUUUCCAUGGAGAACUUCAAGUCUUAUUUCAAAUCUUGGGUGUUACAAGGAAUGUCACGCAUGACGGAACAUGUCAGUAAAGCUGGUUAAGUUGACCCGGGCGACAGGGUAACCCUACCUGUGAAAUUUGCAUUGUCAUCUGGAUUGCUGCCCAAGGAACUUAAGGUGGCGCUGCUAUCACCUAUUCUUAAGAAAUUAAAUGCAGACUUUGAGCAGUUUAGUAAUUUUCGCCCUGUAUCAAAUUUAAAGUUCCUGUCUAAAUUGAUAGAGAAAGCAGUGUUUGUGCAAUUGAAUAGCUAUCUUGGCGAAAAUGAUCUACACGAGCCUCUUCAAUCUGCGUACAAGAUUUUUCACAGCACCGAGACUGCACUUCUCACAGUUACAAAUGACAUUAUGCUGUCAUUGGAUAAGGGUGAGAAUGUUUUCCUCGUUUUAUUGGAUCUGUCGGCAGCAUUUGAUACCGUUAACCAUUCCUUGCUGCUGGCACGACUGCAGAAAUCAUUUGGUAUCAGAGGAACUGUACUGCAAUGGUUCGAUUCUUAUCUUUCUCAAAGAACUCAGUUUGUAAACAUCAAUGAGGCGAAUUCUACGGUACGAGAUCUUCCCGUGGGUGUUCCCCAAGGUUCAGUUCUUGGACCUGUUCUCUACCUUCUGUAUACUGCGCCACUUGCUAAAGUGAUAAGAUCUUAUGGCUUAGAUUAUCAUCUAUUCGCCGACGAUACUCAGUUAUACUUUGCAUUCAAAUCGGUGGAUGUGGUCGCUGCUAAAUCGAGGGUCGAGAACUGCGUUUCUGCAAUAUGUCGCUGGAUGGAUCUCAACGAAUUGAAGCUAAACCACGACAAGACGGAGGUCAUGCUUAUCCACUCAAAGCAUCGUCCCUCUCCAUCCUUUCAGUCCUUAUGUGUUGGUGACGAGAGCGUGGCUGCCUCUCAGUCGGCUAGGAGUCUUCGUGUUAUCUUUGAUGAGCACAUGUCUUUUCAUGCACAUGUGUCUAGCAUCUGUAGAUCAUCAUUUUAUCAUCUCAGGAACCUAUCUAGAAUUAGGAAGUAUUUCACUAAAGAAUCAGCAGAAGUUGCUGUUCAUGCAUUUGUCACAUCGAAACUAGAUUACUGUAAUCCAUUAUUAUACGGCCUACCUAAGUAUCAGUUACAAAGAUUGCAGUAUGUACAAAACACGGCGGCUAGAGUUGUGUUGCAAGUGAGUAAGUUUCAGCAUAUCACACCUGUUUUGUGUGCGCUUCACUGGCUACCGAUUCAAUAUCGUAUUAUUUUCAAGAUUCUGCUCGUCGUGUAUAAAUCACUGAAUGGGACAUCGCCUAGCUAUUUAGCUCAAAAACUACAUUAUCGUCCUCAUUCUAGAUCAUUGAGGUCUGUUAGUAAUGAACUUUUAAUGCAACCUAGAUCGUAUACCAAGACCUACGGAGAUAGAGCAUUCGCUGUUCAUGCACCAAGAGAAUGGAACUUAAUACCCUAUGAAAUUCGGAAGUCCAACACCAUCUCGAGUUUUAAAAGAUCACUUAAGACGUACUUGUUUACUAAAUUCUGUGAUAACGGAUCAUUGUUUUUAUAAAUUUGUAAAUAUUGCGUUAGUUUUAAUUUUUUCCCUUUUUUUUAUCAUUAUGAAUAUGGUUUAAUAGUUGUUUUAGUUUCAAUUUUUCCUUUUUUAUCCAUUGUAAAUAUAUUAGGAUAUGGUCGUAAAUUUGUAAAUAUUUUUCAAUAAUGUUGUUUACAUGAUUGUAAAGCGCCUUGAACAUAGGAUAAGAGCGCUAUAGAAAUAAAGUUAUUAUUAUUAUUAUUAUUAUAAACCCAGGCUACCUUUAACCCACUUGCUAGGGUAACCCUAGCAUGAGGGCAACCCUCUCUCCUUGUGAACAGGCCCUAAUACAAUUUUAACAGUGUAGAUAGGGCGUUUAUUGGAUAAGAGGGGUCUAUUUUUGAGUGGGCAUCUGUUAGGUCAAUAAUUUUACGGUAUAAGAUGGUCACCAGACAUAAAAUGAAAAUAUGGGUGGCCAUAAAAAGGAAAGUUUACAAUUACAUUAUAUGAUUGAAUAGAUUGAAAUAAGUAAAAAGACAAAAAUAAAAAUGGAAAACGCUACCUAAACCUAGUUUAAAUGUUUUGUUAAGUAAUUGUGUUCGUACAUUGCAUAGCCUGCGAGCAAGCUCUUUUUUUUGGGUGAGUGAAGCGAGUCGCGCGAGGACACGCGAGCGAACGGCGAAUACGGGAGAGGACUAGGAAAUCCUUUCUCUCGCUCUCCCGCAACCCCCGCUUUCGCGUCUCCUCUCGCGUGCCUCUCGUGCGUCUACUUUUCACGAUAUCCCCCAAAUGAAGAGCUUGCUCGCAGGCUAUACAUUGCAUGGUCACAAUACGUGCAAUCGAAGACUAUGAUUUGUAGCUUAGCUUUCUCUUGCGACUCACGCACAACCUUCUUUCGUAUCUCUUCCUUUCGUUGAGCCUGCGAAAACAUCCGUUUCUCCUCGCUCUUCGCCGCCGGGGACGUUUCGCGAGGAGGAACAUCUGCGACUCAGCGGCAGAAAUUCCAUACUGAUGACGCAAACCAAUGUUUACAUAAUAAAUCCAGUAGUUAUGGGGUUCCAAAUACAGAUUUGUCCAAUUUUACGUGUCUUCUGGUCGAUUUUGGUAAAGUGUUGAGUUCAUCUGCCAACGAGCUCCAGCAAAACUCAAAUGCUUCUCCAAGAGAAGACUAUAUUCCACAAAUAUUGACUGUUUUGUUACAGAUUCUUCGCGUUUACAUUUGACCUUUGUGGCCUUUUGUCUUUUGCCUGUCAUUCAUAAACAAUAGCUAAAACAAUGCAACUACUCCGUCGACCAAUCAGCGCUUCUCACCGGAUUCCGGACAGAUUUUACGUCAUCAGUAUGGAAUUUCUGUCGCUGAGUCGCAGACGUCCCUCCGCGCGAAAUGUCCCCAUCGUCGAAGAGCGAGGAGAAACGGAUGUUUUCGCAGGCUACCUUUCGUUAAGUUUUCCAUAAAACGAGCUAACACAUUAAGAGCAUUUUUCGUCUGAACGUGUGAUUUUAACUAGCGUCCUUUGUUUAAAGCUAAAAAUAUUUAACGCCUAUUAAACUAACGGAGUGUUUUUUUGGGGGAAAAUGCAAAUCCGGAUUUCCGAAUCCAAAAACCGAUGUUACCUUUGGAUCAUGAAUCCAUAAAAUUCACACUCAGGGUGGAUUCUUGGCAUCAACUCCAAAUCAGGAUUUUUGCGAUUCACAAUCUGAGUGGUUUUUGAGAAAAGAUUUGAAAAAAGUUUUUGUGACAAGCGGUUUUUGAACAAAAAUGGUACACAACAGAUCCCGUACAUGUAUGUAUGACAUUCUAACUGAACCCAUGUUGGUGGCGCCUUAACUUUGGGCCAUUAGUUACAUAUCAUUCCUUGUUUGUCAUAUAUUUACAUUCGUAGACUGUUUUUAAACCCUUACUUGUCAUUGUUUUUUGUAUGUAUGUAGUGUCUGCUUACGCCAGUUUAUUUUCCAAGUAAAUAAAGAAAAAAAAUUCAUGGCCUUCAGUUUUAAAUUCCUAUAACUUUACUAUUCUAAGGUGUUUCCUAUUCGAGAAACGUUUGUGUUUCGAACCGAAAUAUAUACAUUUCGUAUAUUCAUACGUAGUUUAUGUUGCUUUUCCAUCUUGUUUUUACUGGGAGGAUCAUGCAGUUUGUUGUUGUUUUUUUCCCUCUAUUUUUCUUAUCCGGAAGAGCUCUAAGUCAUUCCGUUGUCAUGGUAAAUGAUUCUUUUUCGAAUCUUCCCUUGUUUUGGUAGUGAAGAAUCCAUGUGAUCUGAGAUCACAAUUCUGUUUUUGGAUACGCCUAAAAAAACUUUUGACAUGUCCCACCACACGGAUUUUUGUUGAUUUUUAGUACAUGUACAUGUAUGUUACUAGAGAAGCGCACCCAAUAUUUAUUGUUGGAAUAAGUUUGAUCGAUGUUGAAUAGUUGAACAUAAAAAUUCCGCUAUCGGUAAAACCUUGUGGCUGCUCAUCGGCAAUUAGGUAACCCCAAAGAAAGUCAAUUUCACUGAUUAUUCGCAAGCGCCAAACGAAUGAAGUCUGAUUUAGAGAAACCAAUCAGGCUUGAACACCCAGGUCGACUCCACUCGUGUAAAACUCUUUGUUUGAACUAACAUUCUUGACACUUCAUACUAAUUAAGCAUUGUUUGUUUUUAAGUAGUAUUUAUAGUGUGCAACAAACGGUGUUUUUUUUUUGACUUGGUAUUACGGAGCUUAAGCAACGGCAUCGGCAACGGCAACGAGAACGCCAAAUGAGCAAAACAACAGUUCUGCACGUGCAUCACGCUUUUUUGUUCAUUCCUUUGCCGGCGUCCUUACACGACUAUGACGUGAAACUGAAGGACGUGAACACAAGACAGCGGUUUUCUUUUUCCUGUUUCUGAUCUUGGAUAAAGUCACUUAGGAUUACAACUGCAGAAAAAUUCGCCACAUUUGACAAAUUGAACGAGGUAGAAUUGUAGCGAUGAAGUUUGAAACGGUGCAAAUUCAAGCUCCUAGUGACGUUUUUGUUGCCGUCCCCGUCGUCGUUGCUUACUUUCCCUGACGUUAGUUGAACAUGUAAAUGUCGCCGUCUUGACCUUUUGACGCUGUUUUUCUAACUUUUGAAUGUGAGGAACAUUUUAGUGCAAUACUUUGUGUUAAAAUCAUAAGCCAUAAGUUUGAGGUUGACCUUCAAAAAUGUAUAGAUUGGCUGGACAAUAACGAUUCGAGGUAACCUUUUAAAGAUUACAUUUAGCAAUGUUUGUAUAUUUAACUUCAUUUUGAACUUUAUUUUUCACAGAUUCAAGUAAAACAAGACACAUGAUGAAAAGGAUUGACUUUGUCCAUCAAAGUUUAAAGAGAAGAGAACUUAUUCUUGAUGAAAAAGAAAAGAAGGUCAAUAGGAGACUUAAACUCCUUGGAAUUAAAACCUUUGACAGCAUAUAUGAUGACAAUGAUAGCCAAAUGCCCACAAUUUAUUUUAUUACUCCCACUUACAAGAGACUUACACAAAAGGCUGACUUGACAAGAUUAUCACAAACAUUGCUACAUGUUCCUAAACUUCAUUGGAUAUUAGCUGAAGACUCUGUGCAGAAAACAGAUCUUGUUACACGCUUUUUAGAAAACUGUGGAUUAUCAUAUACCCAUCUGGCUGUACGAACUCCUAAAGAACUUAUAACAAAAGAAGGUGACCCAAGAUGGCUGAAAGCUAGAGGAGUUGAGCAGAGAAAUUUGGGCCUCAAAUGGAUACGCGAUAAUUUUCAAAGUGGUUCAAGGGGUGUUGUUUAUUUUGGAGAUGAUGAUAACACAUAUGAUUUGAGAAUAUUUGAACAGGUAAGCAAUACUGUAAUUAAAACUAGAGGUUACAACUGGUAAGUAUAUAUAAUGCUGCUAACAGACAUGCCGUGGGCAAUAAAAGAUCAUCUGAGAAACAAUGAACUAAGAUGCACACUUUGCUAAUGGUUCAGUUAAUUUCUUUUGCAUAAAGGUCAUAAGGGAGUCCUACAAUCACGAGGUCUUUGUAAUUUGGGUCUGUAUUGGCCAGUUUACCGUCCUACGAAAGUUGUCUAGUCCCCAAGGCCUCAUUUUUUCGCGCGGCCAAAGCGUCACCGAAGUGAAUUGACCGAGAGGGCGUGGGAAAACGCCUUACAGGGACUAGGCAAACACGAAAGCUUAGCACAAUCCGAAUGACGGUAUAAGAAUGUUACGUUAUGAUGAUCUACCCCUGGACAUUAAUUGUUAAAAAUCAUCCUGACAAACAUAAAUUAAUCCAGAUUGUAACGCCAAAACGGGGACAAAUGAUACACUUUUUUCCAUCCUCAAUUUGAUAAAUUUCACAAUCUCUAUAAUUAAAUUAGAUCCCACGCUUUUGGACCUUCUAUCAGAUGACAUUUACGCGAAGCACACAGCAGUAGGCCUUUCCAGAUUCUGCUCGGCAACUUUUUAGCAACUUUUAGGAUUUUGAGCAACUUUUUUGUCAGAGAGCAACUUCUAGCAACUUUUCGGAAUACUCGGUUGAAAUACUUGAAUACUUGAAUCAAAAUGCUAAAUAACCCCCCCCCCCCUUUUUUUGGUUAAAAUUUUAAACAUCUUUCUAGUAAAACUCAUAUUUUUACCCUUUAAAUGGGUAUCAUGUGGACGUGGUAAUUAAUUACAAGAAUUGGGUUUGGGUAGCCUCAACCUCGUUCGCAGGGUUUUUCCCUUCUCGGGGGGGGGGGGGGGGGGGGGGGGGGGAGGGGGGGCCGAAAACGCACGAUAACAACAGUUAGCUAUUGAAGAUUGUUACACUUAAUGUCUAACUUUUUAAAGCCACUUAGAUUCAACUAAAGGUUGCCUAAUUUGUUGUAACUAGUUACUUAGUUGUACCUUCAUGUUGAUUACAAAGCAAUUGUUACUAAAAUUAGACAUGCCGUCUUAAAAAUUUCGAGCAACUUUACAAACUUUUUGGCAACUUUUUCAAUUUUGAGCAACUUUUGAGCAACUUUUUGGCAUAUUUCUUAGCAACUUUUUAGCUUUUUCGGAGCAGAAUCUGGAAAGGCCUACACAGCAGAAGCGUUGUGACCUGCCAAAGAUGUCUCCCGCACUAUUUAACCUUUAGUUAUUACUAGUAUUAGAAAAAAACAAAUAUAAAACAAGCACCACAACGACAACAACAAAAAAAGAAAAAAAAUCAGUAACUGAUUGUUUUCUCUAAAUUUAAGAUUCGUUAUACAAAGAAAGUUUCUGUUUGGCCAGUUGGUCUGGUGGGAGGAUUAAAAUGGGAAGGACCAAUCUGCAAAGAUGGCUCUGUUAUUAAGUUUUACACUCUCUGGGAACCUGAACGUCCUAUGCCGGUUGAUAUGGCAGGAUUUGCUAUCAAUGUUCAGCUCAUUAUUGAUAAUCCAAGUGCGGUGAUGGAUACCUUUGCAAGCAGAGGAUACCUAGAGUCCUCUAUUGUAAGCAAACUGGCAACAAGAGAAGAGUUCGAGCCUUUGGCAAAUAACUGUAAACAGGUAUUCCUUUUGUUGUUACAUAUUCUAUUUUACUUUAUUAUUUAAAUUAUUAGCCUUCGGGAACAAAGGUCGAAUGCUCUUUAAAUGGUCAUAUCGCGUAGCCUUAGAAAACAGCGGACAUAUCGCGACACCACCGCUGGUUUUACCUCUAAAUUACGUCUAACAAACGAGCGCAGAAAUUCUAUACUGAUAGCGUGUCACUACCAAGAUCUGGGUAGUCAUUUUAAUUGCUUGAAAUUUUGCUUCAACGAAUCAGAAGCAUUAUCCAGAUCUGGUGGGUAGUGACGUGUCAUUAGUAUGGAAUUUCGCGGAGAAAGCAGUGGUGGGGUUGUGAAAUAUCGGCUGUUUUCUCGGGCCACAUAUCUCGUAAACCGUUUUCAUUUAUUCAAAGUCGUUGGUUUUUCUUGUCCUUCAAAUGUCCCUAUUCAGUUAUGUAGCAAAACGCCUUUGCAGUAAGGCGACGGGACACCUUUUCGUUCAAGCUAACCUUAGCGUAGCCCGUUUUAAUCUUCCCUAGUUUUUCAACCAGAAAAUCAAAUUCCAUUUUCCACCCCAAAUUUUAUACCAGUUUCAGGUUUUCGCGACCUUUUUUUCGGUAAAUAGACUGGUUUUCGCAAAGGCAAACGCGAUUUCCCAACGAGACCCUUUGAUCUAUAAGGUGAAUGCGAUUCUCUUGCAUUCCUUUUUUUUACACCUAGAUUCUUGUGUGGCACACUCAAACUGCGGACCCCAAAAUGAAGCAAGAAGAUAAAUUAAACAAAAUAGGACGCGAAUCUCCGCCAAUGGAAGUAUAAAGUUGGUGUUCUCCUUAUGAUUUUUAUAGACCUUCCUACCUUUCGCCACGGCCAAUGCUAUACUCACGCAGACGUAAUCUACUGAUAUUAAUGUGCCAACCAGGAGCGCAUUGGUUUUUAUAGCAAAAAAUUCUUUUGUUUCACUCGUUACAUAUUUGAAUAACAAAAACAAUGUUUUAAACAGUGAUAUCUUCCAUGCUAUGAUCACCGCAUAACAUAAUAAAUAGGACAAGAAAAGAUUCUGAAC